GGAGGAGGAGGAGGAGGAAGAAGGACCGUGUCUGUCACUGAUGCUCGGAUGCGAGCGGAUCGUCUCUGGCUGCACGUCGUCUCUCGUCUCUCGCGUGAAGAGCGCGACACCGGCAGGUCCUUUCUCCGAGCCCGGACUCGAACAGACGGACGAGGAGGAGGCGUCGCGUCCAGCUGCAGGUGAUUGCCAUGGGGAACGGUUCGAUGAAGUCAAAGCGGUACAAACAGGCAGACGGCUCCGCCGCGCCCGCCGCCCCCAACGGCCGGGCCCACGGCGGCUUCAGCAUCUCGUCCCUGGAUUCCCUGAGGGCCCGGGUGGACGAGCUGGAGCGGGACGGCAAGAGGAAGGACGAGGAGCUCAGCGCCAGAGAGCAGCAGGUCAGAGGUCUCCAGGAGCAGCUGGCCAAGCAGACGCGAGCGCUGGCCGAGCUGAGCGAGGAGCUGCAGAGCAAGUGCGUCCAGCUCGGCAAGCUGCAGGACGCCAUGAAAGGUCAGAGCGGAGCCGGAGCCGCCCUGGCGUCGCGGGCUCCCUCCAUCAGAGCCGGCGGCGGGAAGGGCAGCCCCAACCUCGGCGUCCGCAUCAAGGAGACCCUCAACAGGAGGAAAGGGGCCAAGGCCGGGGUGUCGGCCGAGCCCACGUCCAGGACCUACGACUCCAGCGGCCUGCCCAAGUUCUCCUUCGAGAACGCCCGGGUACCGAAGGACGCCAGCGUGAAGAAGCUGCUGACCGACGCCCUGAACAAGAACCAGUACCUGAGGAGGCUGGAGCUGCAGCAGGUCAAGGACAUGGUGGAGUGCAUGUACGAGCGCACCUACCAGCAGGGGGAGUACGUGGUCACGCAGGGGGAAGCGGGCAACCACCUGUUCGUCCUGGCAGAGGGGAAGCUGGACGUGUUUCAGCACAACAAGCUGCUCACGUCGAUAACUGUGUGGACCACUUUUGGGGAAUUAGCGAUUCUGUACAACUGCACGCGGACGGCGUCGGUGAGAGCGGUGAACAAAGUGCGGACGUGGGCUCUGGAUCGGGAGGUGUUCCAGAACGUCAUGAGGAGGACGGCCGAGACGCGACACGAGCAGUACCGCAACUUCCUGCGAAGCGUUUCGCUCUUGGCCAAUCUCCCGGAGGACAAGCUCAGCAAAAUCGUGGACUGCCUGGAGGUGGAGUACUAUGACAAGGGCGACUUCGUCAUCCGGGAGGGGGAGGAGGGCAGCACCUUCUACAUCCUCGCACAGGGGAAGGUGAAGGUGACGCAGACCACCGAGGCCCACAAGGCGCCGCAGAUCAUCAACACGCUGCACAAGGGGGAAUACUUUGGGGAGAAGGCUCUCAUAAGCGAUGAUGUCAGGUCAGCCAAUAUCGUCGCCGACGAGAACGGGGUGGAGUGCCUGGUCAUCGACAGAGAGACAUUCGAUCAGACAGUGGGAACCUUCAACGAGCUGCAGACGUACCUGCAGGGCUACGUGGCAACGCUCGACCGCGACGACAAGAAGAGACACGCCAGGAAGUCGGUGUCACGCCACCAGAGUCAGUCGCUGCCGCCUGACGUGGUCCAGCUGAAGGACAUGGUGUCGGUGUUCCCUCCCUCCAGGCCCUUCGACCACCUGGAGGCCAUCGCUACGCUCGGCGUCGGCGGCUUCGGACGAGUAGAACUGGUGCAGGUGAAGGGCAAAGACGUCACCUUCGCACUGAAGGUCAUCAAGAAGAAGCACGUGGUGGACAACAGGCAGGAGGAGCACAUCCACUCGGAGAGGAAGAUCCUCGCCGAGGCUCGCUCGCCUUUCGUCGUCAAACUGUAUCGUACGUUCAGGGAUGAUAAGUAUGUGUACAUGCUGCUGGAGGCCUGUCUGGGUGGAGAGAUUUGGAGUCUGCUCAGAGACAGGGGAAGCUUUGACGACGCCACCGCCAGAUUCUGCGUCGGUUGCGUCACGGAAGCUUUCGAUUACCUCCAUCGCAAAGGAGUCCUCUACAGAGACCUGAAGCCUGAGAACCUCAUGCUGGACACCGAAGGAUACAUCAAACUGGUUGACUUUGGAUUCGCCAAGAAGAUCAGAUGUGGCCAAAAGACCUGGACCUUCUGUGGGACCCCGGAAUACGUGGCCCCCGAGAUCAUCCUCAACAAGGGCCACAACUUCAGUGUGGACUUCUGGUCUCUGGGCAUCCUGGUGUUUGAGCUCCUUACGGGCAGCCCUCCGUUCUCAGGGAGUGACCAGAUGAUGACGUACACAUUCAUCUUGAAAGGCAUCGAGAAGAUGGACUUCCCCAAGAAGAUAACCAAGAGGCCCGAGGACCUCAUACGCAAGCUGUGCAGGCGAAAUCCCUCGGAGCGACUGGGCAACCUCAAAAAUGGAAUAACUGAUAUCAAGAAGCACAGGUGGUUCAAUGGUUUCAACUGGGAAGGACUGAAGGCGAGGACUUUAGUGUCUCCACUGAAAAGAAAUGUCACAGGGCCGACAGAUCACGGCUACUUCGACAGCUACCCCCCAGAUGAGGACAAUCCUCCUGAUGAGCUGUCUGGGUGGGACAUGGACUUCUAGGAGCCUCCACUCCGGUUUUUAAACCAAUUUCCUUUUCAAUCCAGUCCUCACAACUUGACACCAAGAGUUUCAUUUGAAAAGUGGGGUUUUAAAGGCGACGUUACAUCAGAGAAAUGGAUAAACACUCACCUACAACCGAACAGCUGCUAGUGUUUGUGGUUGGGAAGCUGGUGAGGGAUCAAAUCGUUGUUGCUGCAUUUAUGACCCUGGACGGUUUUGGGGCACCUGUGUGUGAAAUGAAGCAGACGCAGUGAAAAACAUCUGCAUGUGUCACUGUAGAGUUCAGUAACGAGAAGCAGCUCCGCGUCGUAACUGGUUCCAAUCUUGUGUCGACCUUGAAUUCAUUAAAAAACAAAAGAAACUUUGCUUUUCAAUGGCAAAGCUUGGACUUAAUAUGUUCAAGUCUUCUUCAAUACAGCAGGAUGUUCCCUUAGUAAAUCAUGGACUCAUUUAGAGUCAUAUAGACGACAAAGCACCGUACACUACAGUAUUUGGGGGCGUGGAUACAGUGUGAGUGACAGAAGGUACCGUCUAAUCGGUUUGUGGUUGCAGGUCUAGGUGGGCGCGCAGUGGACGAGCUCUCAGUCAGGCCACACCCCCAGCUCCCACCUCUGGUUCCAAAAUAAACAACAUGGUGCUGGUCAAAAUGCGAAACUCGAGGCUCACAAGACCAACGGGUGACACUUCAGGUUUUGGUUAGAACUUGCCCCUCAGAACAUGCACGUCUAAUUCUUUUAUAAAAUUUCAAUCACUGGGUUUUGACGUACACGUUUUUGGUGUUUGUGGCGCCCCCUACAGGCCAUUGAUUACAAUACAUCCACCCGCUACAGCGUGUUGCAGCUGCAGCAAGUCCAAAGCUCCGAUGUUUGUCCAGUUCAAUCAAGGAAGAGAGAGACGGUGGCAAGUUAACAACAUUCUUGUAAAGACACGGUGCCAACAACAGAGUGAAGCGUCUCCAAGAAACGCUCUGUUAUCUUGGCUGCAGUUUCAAAGUGGGUGAAGUUGCAGGUUACAGCUUAAUUAGUGUGUGUGUGUGUGUGUGUGUGUGUGUGUGUGUGUGUCCUUCUCACGCUUCGUCCCGUCAGUACUUUGGAAGGAGCGAGUCUCGAAACGGAUCACAUCUUAUUUCACAGUAUUAGGUUUUAUACAUUCCUUAAUCAAUCUGCACCCAUUUAAUAACCUUUGAACAGAAACCUCCAAAUGUUUAUUGUUCUCCGGAGCCGUCACGACGGCCGCAGAUGUGGCUGGUCGGGGGGGAAAUUUGCCAUCGCAGCUGCAAAGUCUUUUAUUUCUCCCAGCUGAGCAGCUGAGGGAGUUUCUGUGAUUAGAAAGUUUGCAGGUUGUUUAUGGCGGCGGAGGAAUUGAAGUGUGUGUGUGGGCAGAAGAUAAGAGUACGUGUGGAGAGCGAACGCAGGCGGAGGACAUUCCCCUUUAAACUGCGUAGACGGCGUCGAACCACAACACACGAGUCUCCCAGACUCCAUUUUUAAUUUGAGCAAAGAAGCACCAGGAACUCCUUGGUGUGAGCUUCCCUCCGCUGGGGGCUCGACUUCUGAGGCGAAGCAGAAAACCUUCAGGAUUUACUCGGAGGAGAUCCUCAAAAGUCUAGACGUAUUUUUUUCCCCUUUUUAAACAAUGAAGGUUUCCAGGGAAUCGACUUGUGGACCAUGUUCCUUUGUAUAUACUGUAAAGCACCAUCAUCCAAAAUACACAAUUUGUACAAUCUGUGCUACGUGUUCCUGUGUGAAGCUUAAAAACUGGGCGAGGGAAGUUUGUAGAUAUCACACAUAUAUUGUGUGUAUAUAUAUAUAUAUAUAUAUAUAUAU